AGCGCCGCCUCCCCUGAGCUCCGCCCGGAAUUGCGCGGGUCUCUGGCUCCCACCUCGGUAGAGACCCGUCUGGCACCGCCUCUACGUCCUGCCGGCUCCGGCCGGCGUGAAUCCCGGCCCGCGGAAGUCGGGCACGAUGGCUGCUCCAGCCCUGGCGCCGGUCACUCGGCAGGUCAGCAGCCGAACCGCUGCUGCCCCGGACCCAAGCGGCCAGGAGCGCCGGCAACCACUGGCGGCCGCCGUGGCCGAGCUUCCCGUGCUAGACGCGUCUGGGAGGCGGGUGCCGUUCGGCGAGCUGUUUCGGGAGCGCCGGGCUGUCGUGGUCUUCGUGCGGCAUUUCCUGUGUUACACCUGCAAGGAAUACGUAGACGAUCUAGCCAAAAUCCCCAAGAACUUCUUACAAGAGGCAAAUGUCGCCCUUAUAGUGAUUGGGCAGUCAUCCUACCAUCAUAUUGAGCCUUUCUGCAAACUGACUGGGUAUUGUCAUGAAAUCUAUGUUGAUCCUGAGAGAGAAAUUUAUAAAAGAUUGGGAAUGAAAAGAGGUGAAGAAAUUACCUCCUCAGCCCAACUCAAAGGGACUCGUAAUAGCUCUUCAAGCAGAGGACAGAGCCCACAUGUAAAGUCAAAUAUACUCUCAGGAAGCAUUUGGAGCUUGUGGCGGGCAGUGACUGGCCCUCUUUUUGAUUUUCAAGGAGAUCCAGUUCAGCAGGGCGGAACCCUCAUUUUAGGUCCAGGUCACUACAUCCAUUUUAUACAUCGUGAUAGGAAUAGAUUGGAUCACAAACCCAUCAACUCUGUUUUACAGCUUGUAGGAGUUCAGCAUGUGGACUUUACAAACAGACCGCCAGUUAUCCAUGUGUGACAAUACAGACUCUGGCUCUUUCAGAUGGAACCUUAAGAUAUGGCCUUGUGUAAUAUCUAAAUUGUUGGCUCUUCACAGUCUCUGAGGAGUUAUGAAAACAUAAAGAGACAUGUACCAGUUGAUUUGCAUUUUGAGAAGCACUGAUUGUCAAAAACAUGAUGUAUAUUUGUAAUUUUAUAGCUUUUAAAGUUUUAAACAAAUAAAAUUUUAUUUUUACAAAGUAAAACUUUAAAAGCUAUCAAAUUAUAAAUACCAUUCUUUAUAUUAUGCUAUAUCUAGUCAAUGAAAAGGGUGGUUUUUUUUUUUUGGCCCUGAAAAUCAUAAAUCCUUAUAAAGAAUGUAUAAGGGGAAGGUUAAGCAACUCAACACCAUUUUAUCCAGUGUAAAAUGUAAAAAAGGAUAUUACAUUCUGAUUUUUAUUAUCACAUAUUAAACAGUAUAAUCACAUUUUUGUAUGUAUUUGUUUAUAUUUUUGUAUGCUUAGAAAAACAGACAAAAAAUAAGCACAACAGAAAAUUGCAUGUAAGUAUCUCUAUGUGGUAAGAUUUAUUUUCUUUUUUGUACUUUUCUGUAUUUCCCAACUACUACACAGUGAGUAUGAUUCAUUUUUUGGCCAGGAAAAGGUCUUUAAAAAUUUAUGAAGAAUAUUUUCCUACACAACGUGUUCCACAAGGUGCAGAUAUAUAGGUGCAGUCCACAUAUUUCUAUGCUAGGAGUUUUACUCAGAGGAAAUAGGGCAAACCACAGCUUUCAUAUAGUCUGUUCAAAGUGCCUUGCCACCACAUGAAACACUAUCCAUUUCACUAGGAUUUUUAUUUUUGUAAAAGGAGAAAAAUUAAUUUAGCUAUAUAGGGUUCAUGUUUAAAAUAUGGUGGGUAUGCUUUUUGAAAAGGAAUUUUAAGAACUGUUUAAACAAAAAAUACUUUGGAACUUAAAUAUACACUGUGGUUUGGUUAUACUCCAGCUUCCAUUUCUCACCCCCAAGUUGCUUUUAUUUAGUGGAGUAUUGUCCUUUUAUUUUUCUAGAGUCUUAAUAUGAAGUGUCUCAGAAAUUCUGAUGAAAAGUACAGCAAAACCAAAGUAUAG